AUGGCAAAAGUGAGUGAUAUUGACGUAUUGCCUCCGAAGACAAUGGAGAUGGGUUCAGAAAAGAGUGAUAAGGAAUCGAGUGAAGGUGUUCGACUUAAGAAGGAGCUAGGUUUAAUGAAUGGUGUGGCAAUAAUUGUGGGAGUGAUUGUCGGCUCUGGGAUCUUCGUGUCACCGAGUUUUGCUCUUAAGUAUGCUGGUUCUAAGGGUAUGGCAUUAAUAGUCUGGGUACUUUCCGGUCUCCUAUCCAUGGUCGGGGCACUGUGCUAUGCUGAAUUAGGUACAAUGAUACCAAAGUCUGGAGGUGACUACGCCUACAUAGGGGAGGCAUUCGGUGCUCUUCCCUCAUUUCUCUACCUGUGGGUAGCGUUAUUCAUUCUGGUGCCCACUGGAAAUGCUAUCACUGCUUUGACUUUCGCUCAAAAUAUUCUACAGCCAUUAUGGCCUGCUUGCAAGCCACCGACUGAUGCUGUAAGCCUCAUUGCUGCAUUUAUCACGUGUUUCCUUACGGUUAUUAAUUGUUAUAACGUCAAAUGGGUGACACGAGUCCAAGACUCAUUCACGGCAGGGAAAGUUCUUGCCCUGCUGGUGAUAUUCGGCGCCAGCUUAUGGUACUUAUUUUCCGGCCACACGGAGAACUUAGAAAACAUAAUGGAAGGAACAAUUCACAAGCCUGGAGACAUUGCCAUAGCGUUCUACACGGGGCUUUUCUCGUAUUCUGGAUGGAACUACUUAAAUUUCGUGACUGAGGAGUUACAGGAACCCUACAAAAACUUGCCACGUGCUAUCUGCAUAUCCAUGCCCGUAGUGACUCUGGUUUACGCUUUAACCAACGUGGCAUACUUCGCUGUUCUGACCAAUGCUGAGAUCGGGGCUUCAGAGGCCGUUGCUGUCACCUUCAGCGAGAAAAUCCUCGGCGUAAUCUCUUGGAUUAUGCCCCUCUUCGUCGCUUUAUGUACGUUCGGCUCUUUGAAUGGGGCCAUCUACGCGUCUUCUCGUCUAUUCUUCGUUGGAGCCAGGAAUGGGCAUCUACCUUUAGCCAUAUCACUCAUUGACGUCAGGAGGCUAACUCCUGUACCUUCGUUAAUAUUCUUGUGUUUGGCAACGUUAGUGAUGCUAUCAUGGCCGGAUCUUGAAUCUCUCAUAGUGUACGUGACGGCAGUGGAGGCGUUAUUUACGUUAGCAUCAGUAGCCGGCCUCUUAUAUAUGCGCCAUUCACGACCGCAAUUGCACCGACCCAUACGAGUCCACACUAUAUUACCUGUCUCAUUCCUCGUCAUUGUCACCGUCCUCGUCGUGUGCUCAAGUAUAGCACACCCUAAAGAAAUAUUUAUUGGUGUCUCCUUAAUAGCACUGGGUGUCCCAGUUUACUUCACUCUCAUUGUAUGGAAACACAAACCUAAGUGGUUACAAUCCUCCUGUGAUUUGUUUAAUAUCACCUGUUCGAAACUUUUCUUGGCUCUACCAGAGGACUCGAAGGAAUUAUGA